AUGCAAUUUCUGUUUACUCUAUUGCCAGUUGAUCUAUCCUUCCAACUAGCGCAGAUUUUAUGUGAUGGACGAACAAUGUUGCAAUGUUUAGCGCAUUGUCAAGCUUGUGCAUGCGAGAACGAUUCUGGUGAUGGCGUAGGCGUAUUUGUUACAGUACUGUACGCUGCCACCGAUACGGAAUUGUUUUCAACGCAACAUUUAUGUGUUGCGGAAACAGGCUUUAGUACAGGACAAUUUACACUGAAUCGACUCUAUCAUUCUGAUUUGACAAAUCCAGAAUAUGUAUCAUACAUGGCAAUGGUUCAUAGCCGCUUUUCAACCAAUACAUUUCCGUCAUGGUGCAGAGCAGAACCGAGUUAA